GUUUUGUUCUACUCGUUCUGUCGUCAGCACCGCCCAUCUGUAAAACCAUUGCGGAGCACUCGGAUAAUGGGCAGGUGGAUCUGCACUGCAUUCAUUAUCCGCAACUGGCAUAGGGUACUCGCCCUUGCAUCGCCUAUCGCCCUGGCUCUCAUUUUCCUCAUCAGUGACAGCAAGGAAGCGCGAUGUCUGUACGGCAUCCUCAUCAUAAUCAUUUUCUGGAUGUUCGAGCUGCUGCCUCUGCCUGUCACCUCCUUGUUACCAGUCUUCAUUUUCCCUUCGCUCGGUAUCUUGACAACAACGGAGUCCACGGCUCCGUACAUGCAGGAUGUAGUCAUGAUGUUGCUCGGCAGUAUGAUAUUGGCCAUGGCUGUGGACCAUUGCAACCUGCAUUACAGGAUUGCACUUCGUAUCCUGCUGCAUACUGGGACAAGUACCAUGCGUGUGUUGCUGGGCUUCAUGCUGUCGACGGUCUUGCUGUCCAUGUGGUUGAACAACACAGCCACAGCCCUCAUAGUCGUCCCCAUCGCAGACGCCGUCAGUUUGGAGAUUGGUAGGCGAGGUCAUAUGACCUCGCGGACAUACGAGUCGGGUCCUGCGGAUGAGUCCUGUUGCAGGAGAGAACGUCUAUUGUCAGUCAACCCUCUAUCCACCCCACUCUUUGAGCUCCAGCCCACGUCCACUGUAAACCAGCAUCACCCACAAUCAACGUCUGUCGACUACACAAUGUCACCAGAGUUGAGGGAGCUUCAGAACGCGAUCCUUCUCGGCGUGACAUACGCCACUAGUAUCGGGGGCACCGGUAGCAUUUUUGGCACGUCGCCGAACUACGUGUUCUUGGGGCUAGUUGAACAGCAAUACCCUGAACAAACGGACGUAUCGCUUGCCACGUGGAUGAUAUACAACGUACCACCCAUGCUCGUGUGCACACUGUUUGCGUGGCUCUACGUCUACUACUACCUUGUACCUCGCAGGUACCACGGCUGCGAUACCGAUGGAGUCGACCUACGCUUCGCCAUUUUAAAGCAAUACGACGAACUGGGGCAUAUGACGUUCCACGAGGGUGCUGUCCUGGCCAUUUUCGCCCUAACAGCCACGGCGCAGUUUUUCCGGGAUCCCGUCUUCUUUCCUGGGUGGUCUUCGCACUUCGCCUUGGCGAACAAAAUACGUGACGCUACGCCAAGCAUGCUGGGCGUGUGCCUCCUCUUCCUGAUUCCGGCGAGACCCAGAAAGAACUUCCCUGGUCCAGCCUUACUGAACUGGCCGUCUGUCCAACGAAAGAUGCCCUGGGGCAUUGUCUUGUUCGUGGGAGGAAGUUUCAGUGUAGCUGCCGCAUCCGAGGCAUCGGGACUACCACUGACAGUUGCCUCAAAACUUGCAGCGCUGAAAGGCCUGCCCAGCGUCGCCUUGGUGGCAAUAAUGACAACUCUGACCUCCGCCAUCACAGAAGUGUGCAGUAAUACGGCUACAGCCAGUGUUAUGCUUUCGGUUUCAAGUUACAUGGCUAGAGCUAUCCGAAUUCACCCCUUGUACUUGAUGAUACCAGUCACAGUCGCUGCUUCCUUCUCGUUCGUUUUGCCAGCGGGAACGCCUCCUAACACUUUGGUCUAUCACCACGGCCGGAUGAACAUUUACUACAUGGUUCGCUCCGGGUUAAUUAUGAACGCCGGCUGCAUCUUUAUCGAAAUGAUAUUUAUCACCACAUUUGGAUUCUGGAUCUUCGACCUGAAGACGUUUCCGUCUUGGGCUGAUAGCCGAAAUUAUACAUCAGUGUUGCACUAUACCUGAUGUACGCGAAUGACUUGGGUCAGCGAUGAAUAUGCUAUUAAAUAAUUGUGAUGUGUG